AGUUUGUCGCUGCCGAAACAUUUUAAAACGUCAAAUUUUAAAGACAGACAUGUUGUGAAGCUGCUACUCAUCGUCCAGACUGAGAGUGAUGCGAAAGCGGAAUAACUCGCUGACUGCGGAGCAUGACAGCGCGACCACCGGCACUCUGCUGGACAGCGACCCGGACCUGAAGCAGCGUCCCGGCAGAGGAGCAGCGGGGCCCGCAGCCGGCGGCCGGCAGGGCCCGGGGGAGGACCGGAGCAUGGCGAAACCGUUCAGGAGGUUGGGUCUGAUGGGGAAGCUGAAGAGGAUGGUUCUGUGGCUGCUGGUGGUCUACGUCUCCAUUCCCUUCAUCAUCAAACUCUGUCCAUCCAUCCAGGCCAAACUCGUCUUCCUCAACUUCGUGAGGAUGCCGUACUUCAUCGACCUGAAGCGACCUCUGGACCAGGGAUUGAACCACACACACAACUUCUACCUGGAGCCCGAAGCUGGACUCAAGAUCGGAGUCUGGCACACAGUUCCUGCUCAGAUGUGGAGAGAAGCUCAGGGGAAACAAGCCGACUGGUUUGACGCCACACUGAGCUCCGCCCACCCAGUUAUUCUCUAUCUCCAUGGCAACGCAGGGACCAGAGGAGGAGACCACAGAGUCCAACUGUACAAGGUCCUCAGUUCUUUAGGCUACCAUGUAGUCACGUUUGAUUACAGAGGAUGGGGGGAUUCAGACGGGUCUCCAUCAGAGGGAGGAAUGACAUCAGACGCUCUCUUCAUCUAUGAUUGGUUGAAACAGCGGCUUGACAAAAGGCCACUUUACAUCUGGGGACACUCACUAGGAACAGGAGUUGCCACAAACCUGGUCAGAGGGCUGUGUGACAGAGGAAAUCCUCCUGACGCUCUGAUCUUAGAGUCUCCGUUCACCAACAUCAGAGAAGAAGCCAAGAGCCACCCGUUCUCCAUGGUGUACAGAUACCUGCCCGGCUUUGAUUGGUUCUUCCUGGACGCCAUCACAGCCAACAACAUCCGCUUCGCCAGCGACGAGAAUGUGAAUCAUAUCUCGUGUCCCGUGUUGAUCCUUCACGCCGAGGACGACGGCGUGGUUCCUUUCCAUCUGGGCAAGAAGCUCUACAACAUGGCCGCCCAGUCAAAGAGCCUCAGUGGUCACAAGGUUCAGUUUGUGCCGUUCCCGUCGUCUCUGGCCUACAAGCACAAGUUCAUCUACAGGAGCCCGGAGCUGCCAAACAUCCUCAGUGAUUUCCUCGGCACAACUCACCCCAGCACACCGUGAGGAGGAACACACACACUGAAGACACACACACACACUCACACUCACA